AUGUCUUGCUUCAAGAAUGGAUGCCACGAAAAGUCAAUUCUUUGAUGUGAGUGCAAUGAAAAGAUCACUUUAGUAUGCAAUAGCCAUAUUUCUGAACAUAUCAGCUCUUUUCCAAGCUCAAUCCAGCAUCAAUUUAAGCCUCUUUCUUUUUCAGAAGCCUCAAACGAGACAAAAAGAGCAUUACUAAAGUACUUUAAUUUUCGAAUAACUGAAUCAAUGCUUAUCAAAGCAAAUCUAAUUCAAAGUGCGACAAAGCGAAUCAAUGAUAUUGAACAAAAAUUACAAAUUGACAUAAAAAAUCUUCACAAGGAAUUAAAUUCCUACAGAUUUCUUAUAAAAGAACUGCAUUCCACUAAACACAUUCCAAAUAUUGGGCGAACUUAUUUGCAGGAAAUAACUCUUCUUCCCUACUCUGAAGCUAUCACUAAGGCAGAAACCUUAAUCUCUGACUCAAGAGUUAAAACAAUAAGUUUGCCACUUGAAAAUAUAGAAAACCUACAAACCUCUAUAACUCGUUAUGAUUUUCAGGUUAGAUCUGAAAUCAACUACAAAAAUUUUUCCAAUUUAUAUACAUUUAAUGGGCAUCGAGAGUCAGUUAGACAAGUUCUAUUCCCUUAUAGGAAUAUCAACUAUAUCAUUUCAGCAAGCAUGGAUGAGACGGUAAGAUUAUGGUCUUUGCUUACUCAAAAAGAAAUACGAGUCCUAAAAGGCCAUGAUAGGCGAAUUAAUUCAUGUGCAAUUUCUCCAUGUGGGAACUGCGUUGCCUCAGCAAGCUCAGAUAAACAAAUUAAGUUGUGAAAUGUUUACAAGCAAAAAGUUAUCAAAGUUUUAAAAGGGCACCAAAAAUCAGUAAGGGGAGUUGUCUUCUCUUCUUGUGGGCAAUUUUUAGCUUCUGGAAGCAAUGACACAACAAUAAGAUACUGAAAUCUAAAAACUUAUAAAAGUGUCUGUUUUAAUGGUCACUUAGAUGAGAUUACAUCAAUUUCUAUGUCAAGCGAUGGAGCUUAUAUUGCUUCUGGGAGUAGAGAUAAAACAGUAAAAUUGUGGAAAAUCUCUACAAAAGAGAUUUUGAAAGAAUAUAAAGGGCAUGCAUGUGAAGUAAGGUGUGUUGCUUUUUCCCCUGAUGGAAAGCAAAUAGCUUCUUGCGAUGUUAAUGGAUUAAUUUUUAUAUGAAGCGUUGAAAAGGAAUCACCUUGUAGGGAACUUAUUGGGCAUGAAGAUAGAGUUGACGGAUUAGCAUUUUCGCCAUGUGGAAAAUUUAUUGCAUCGGCAAGCAGAGACAAAACCAUUCGAAUUUGGAAUUGCGAAACUGGAGAAAUUAUCAAAGAGCUUAUUGGGCAUUCAGAGAAUGUCAGGUCAGUCGCAUUUUCUUAUUGUGGGAAAUAUUUGGUAUCUGGAGCUGAAGAUUGCUCUGUCAAACUGUGGGGAAUUAAGGAAGAUAAAUUUAGCCAUGAAACUCCAGGCUAUGCAACUGUAAAUAUCUCCAACACUAAAUCUCAUGAUUAUAUCACCUGGUUAUAA